UCCCCAUACGCCUUGUAAUAUCAGAGAUGCAGAAUUAAAGCCUGAAAAUAUAUAUAUUUCACGACCUAUAAUAUUCAUAACUUUCUCCAUUCGCCAUUAAGAAGGCCAUGAAUUUCGAAUUGGAGCGAGAGAUUGGUUUCAUUAACAGCCAGCCUUCGCUCGCAGAAUGCCUGACGUCCUACCCUGCUGUCGCUGAUACAUUUCAAAGUUCAUCAAUCAAGAGCUCGACGCUUUCACACUCGACACUAAUUCCUCCUCCUUUUGAGCAGACCAUCCCAAGCCUGAAUCCCAGCAGCAACCAGCCGCGGCCAAGUCGCGAAAAGCGGCCUCCGAAUGGCCGUCUCCCAUCCGCCGGCGCGGCCGAGUUCCCGUGGAUGAGGGAGAAAAAGUCGGCGAGGAGGUACAACGAAGCCGCUCUGUCAUUAUCAGCACCAGUCCCCGGGUCAUCUCCGACGGCGGAGUCUCCGACAGACGUUCACAGCGAGCAGGAUAACUGUAGCAGCGCACGGAGGUUAAGGACGGCUUACACAAACACUCAGCUCUUGGAACUGGAGAAGGAGUUUCACUUUAAUAAGUAUCUGUGCAGACCGCGGAGAGUGGAGAUCGCUGCCUUGCUGGACCUGACGGAGAGACAAGUUAAAGUCUGGUUUCAGAACCGGCGCAUGAAGCACAAGAGGCAAGCCCAAUACAAAGAAAAUCAAGGCGGCGGAGUAAGUUUCGCCCGCAGCUCGUUACCAGACGGCGAGGCCGAGGAGGCAUCGCCUUAUAACCAGCCGGUCGAGGCGCCGGGGACUUGCCUAGAAAGUAAAAACUGCGCCGAUCAGGCACGGAAACAAAGCCAAAACACGCUGAGCAAAGAACUCCAAAACCUGCAAGCCCUGGCGGGGUGCGGCGGCGACGGUAAAGCGAGGAGUCCUUUCUACCUAACGGGAGCGGCAGACAACGCUUUACCGGCUGGCCAAAUUUCUGUGGCUGGUCUGGAAACUAUCAGCCCGGAGACCCUAGAACUGGUCUCUCUCCCAGAUUUAAACUUGUUCUGUUCGGAUUCCUAUCUGCCAUUCUCCGAUGGAUUAUCUCAUAGUAUGCAGGGUUCUAUCGACAGUCCUCUGGAUAUCCCCGAGGAGAGUUUUGACUUUUUCACAAGUGCUCUCUGCACAAUAGACUUGCAGCGCCUCGGUUACCAAUAACUAUUGGAUAAAUCAUAGGUCCAGUGUAGAAAUUCAGCCAUGUCUUUUUUUUUAAAGUAUGUACACUGUUUCCUAUUUUAAAUAACAAUAAUGUGGAAUUUAAAAAAAAUCUGUGUGAUAUGGGAUUGAUCUCACAGUAAUUAAUUUAUUCUUCAGCCUUGACCCGGAGUCUACAAGAAUUACAGUCUUUAUUGCACAGGUAUUUAAUUAAAUCUAGUUUUAUUCAGUUGCAGUUUCGUAAAUUAUGUCAAAAAAUUGUAGAUUCCCCGUUUCAAUACUCAGGAAAACUUAUAUCCCAAGUUGUACUUAUAGUUGAGCUGCUCUGUCUUAUAGCUUCCGAGAGGGUAACUGUGACGAGUUGCUUUAUGUUUUAGAGGUAGCCUAUUUAUUGAAGAUACUGAAAUAGUGAAUUUUAAAUUAUUUAUUGUACGAUAUUUUCAUAGUUUAA